AUGUUAUCUACGAAAGAGGAGUCCGGAAUACUCCAGAGCAGUGAUAGAAGCAAGAGCAGUAGCAGUUGUAGAAGCAGGAGCAGUAGCAGUGAUAGAAGCAGGAGCAGUAGCAGUGAUAGAAGCAGGAGCAGUGAUAGAAGCAGGAGCAGUAGCAGUGAUAGAAGCAGGAGCAGUAGCAGUGAUAGAAGCAGGAGCAGUAGCAGUGAUAGAAGCAGGAGCAGUAGCAGUGAUAGAAGCAGGAGCAGUAGCAGUGGUAGAAGCAGGAGCAGUAGCAGUGGUAGAAGCAGGAGCAGUAGCAGUGAUAGAAGCAAGAGCAGUAGCAGUGAUAGAAGCAGGAGCAGUAGCAGUGAUAGAAGCAGGAGCAGUAGCAGUGAUAGAAGCAGGAGCAGUAGCAGUGAUAGAAGCAGGAGCAGUAGCAGUGAUAGAAGCAGGAGCAGUGAUAGAAGCAGGAGCAGUAGCAGUGAUAGAAGCAGGAGCAGUAGCAGUGAUAGAAGUAGAAGCAGCGCAAGGAACGAAAAUGAGCUGGUACAAACUUUAGGUGAUGCUUCAGCAGAGGAGGCAGGCGCAUGUCCAAAAGACACAGCAUUCCCACUUGACGUGUUUAUUGUCAAGGCGCGGGCUCUGACAUAG